AAACCCUGAUUAGCUGCUCCCGCUCAAAACCCUAGCCCUAGCUCGGAUCGCUCCCUCUAUUAUUUCCCCUUUCCUUCCGACCUCCGCCGUCUCACCGCCGACGAGCUGCUCCAAUCUCGACACCAGGAGAGGGAGAGACAGAGAAAGAUAUGGACGCCAAUGGCGGCAGCAUGGAGACCUCGAGACAGGUCCGAGUCCGCUUCGCCACCAAGCUACCACCACCGCUGCGAGUCCCGACCACCUCCCUCGCCGUUCCCUCCAACCUCAGUCGAAUGGGCCUCUCAGAGAUCGUCAACCAUCUCCUCAAAAACAUGGAUUCUGGGUACCAAUUUCAACCAUUUGACUUUCUUGUCGAUGGCGAGCUCGUUCGAAUGCCAUUGGAGCAGUUCCUGUUGGCCAAGGGUAUCUCAGCGGAGAAAGUACUUGAGAUCGAAUAUAUAAACGCUGUAGCUCCACGAAAACAGGAGGAUCCUUGUUUACAUGAUGAUUGGGUCAGUGCUGUUGAUGGUUCUAAUCCAAGUUUCAUACUAACAGGGUGCUAUGAUGGUCUUGCCAGAAUAUGGAAAGGUGGAUCAGUGUGCACACACAUUUUAGAGGGGCACAGUGGUGCAGUUACUGCUGCUAGUGUCAUCAAUCGCAAAGGAGAAGAGAGUGAAAACAGCUUUUAUGUGGCAACUGGUUCAAAAGAUCGGUCGUUGAGACUGUGGAAGUUUGAUGCAGGUGAACAUGUGGAUCAUCCACUGAGGAUCAGGGCAUAUAAAAUUUUUCAAGAGCACACCUCUUCUGUUCAGAGCAUUUCUUCAGCUCCUUCUGGAGACAUGGUAUGUUCAGGUUCGUGGGACUGCUCUAUUAAGUUAUGGGAAGUAAAGGAGUCUGAAGCAGAAGGUGAUUCAGUGUCAAUAAAGAAGAGAAAGCUUCUCUCUGAUGCAGCAGAACAAGAGUCUCAGUUGGAGGGCACAGCCACUUCAACACUUGUUGGACAUGCACAAUGUGUUUCCUCAGUUGUUUGGCCGGAACUUCAGACUAUAUAUUCAGCAUCUUGGGAUCAUUCUAUCAGACAAUGGGAUGUUCAAACAGGCAACGAGACCUGGAACAUGGUUUGUGGAAAAGCAUUGAAUUGUCUCGAUGUUGGUGGGGAGAGCUCUGCACUUGUUGUUGCUGGUGGCUCUGACCCAGUUUUGAGGAUAUGGGAUCCUCGAAAACCAGGAACUCUGGCUCCUAUCUUUCAGUUUUCAUCUCAUUCAUCUUGGAUCACUGCUUCCAAGUGGCAUACAAGGUCAUGGUUUCAUUUGUUAUCGGCUUCCUAUGAUGGGAAGGUGAUGUUGUGGGAUUUGAGAACAGCGUGGCCCUUGGCAACUAUAGACUCGCACAAAGACAAGGUGCUAUGCGCAGACUGGUGGAAAGAUGAUAGCGUAAUAAGUGGAGGAGCUGAUUCAAAGCUUUUUAUUUGUUCUGGAAUACAAAUCUAGUGAAGCACAGGCAAAUAUCAUCACAUUCCAAUCAUCAUCCAGAACGUGAGCUGGUGAGAAUGCAGAAAAAGAUGAGUACAACGUAAGUUAAAGGGACGGAAUUUUUUGGUCAUCACCAUCCUGACCAAAAAAUGUGCAAAGAAGCCUUCAAGUGGGUCGGGAUCAGAAUAGAGUGAAUUGUACUUUUCCAUUUUACACUAUAUUUUUAAUUGAUGUUCUGAACACUACUGUUCCACAAGACAUCACUUCAACUCGAAGGACAUCGGGAUUAUGUUCUCAAUCAAAAGAAGUUUUUAUUUUUUUAUUUU